AAUGCACGCAAUCAGGCGUGCCAAGUCCAAGGCGAUGUUCCUCCCGGGAAGUCCGUACCAGCUAGAGCUCGAGGAGGCAGAAAAGAAGCUACGAUCGAUCGAAGAGGUCACCGCUUACACCCAGAUGCUCCGAUCGUGUCGCGACUCGACCCGAGCGAGAGAAAUCCACGCAGACAUCACAAGAUCCGAGCACGCCCACAACACAUUCCUCGCCAAUCUCACCGUGGAGAUGUACGGCAAGUGCGCCGAGCUUGAUCUCGCCCGCGAGGCGUUUGAUCGGAUCUUUCAGCCGAAUCUUUACUCCGCGACCAUCAUGCUCGACGCAUAUGCCCGCAACGGGCAUAUGCUUCAAGCCCAGCGGAUAUUCGACGCCAUGGAGGUUCGCAAUGUGGUCGCCUGGACGGCCAUGGUAUCUGGAUAUUCUCGUUCAGGGCAUCUUGCCCAAGCUAGGUGCGUGUUUGAUAGAAUGCCGUACAGGAAUGUGGUCACGUGGAACGCCAUUUUGGCGGCAUAUUCGGCGGACUCGGAUCUUUUCGCGAUGGAGUGCUUGUACGGUGAGAUUCCAGAACCCGAUAUUUUCACUGGAAACAUUAUAAUAUCCGCAUAUGCCCAAUCAGGGAAUCUUGCAUCUGUCGAAAAAACACUUGAUACCAUGAAAACAAGGGACGUAUUUACGUGGAAUGGAUUAAUCCUUGCGUGUAGCACUUCUUGGCACAUCCAGGAAGCAAAGCGGAUAUUCGAGCUAAUGCCAAAGAGGGAUCUAGUAUCGUAUAAUACCGUGCUUUCGGCAUAUGCCCUUUUUGGGCAUCUUGACGAGAUUCACGAGGUGUUUGUGACGAUGCCAAGCCGGGACGUUGCCACGUGGACGGCCCUGAUCGCGGCGUACGGGCAGGCCGGCUACGCGAGGGACGCAUCUGAAGCGUUCAAUCGCAUGCCUGUGCACGACAUCGUCGCGUCCAACGCUCUCCUUCAUGCAUUUGCCCAGAACGGGCAUCUUGACGAGGGAGAAGCGUUCUUCAAUCGCUCGAGGGAUCGCAACGUCGCGACGAUCAACACGAUGAUCUCGGCGUACGCGAGCAGGGGCCGUUUGAUUCCGGCCAGGACGCUUUUCGAGGCGAUGCAUCAUCGCGACAUCGUGUCGUGGAACGCGAUGAUCAAGGGCAGCGCGCACAGCGGCGAGGGGCUGUGGGCGCUGGAGCUCUUCCGGGCGAUGGAGCUGGAGGGAUUUCGCGCGGACGAGACGACGAUGGUGGGCGUGCUCAUGGCGUGCGCUCGGGCGGGUCUCGUGGAAGACGCGCGGAUCUACUUCGCGGCCAUGGGCGAGGAUCGGCGAUUGCGCCGCCAGGAGGAGCACUACUGCUGCAUGAUCGAUGCGCUGGGCCGAUCCGGGCGCACUGGCGAGGCCGAGGAGCUCAUCGAUUCCAUGCCAUUCGAGCCGCGCGGAGUGGCGUGGUCGACGCUGCUGGCCGCGAGUAGAGCUCACGGCGAUGCUCGCCGGGCGGAUCGAGCAACGCGAUGCCUGGCGAAGCUAGAGAGCGCGGAUUCCAGCCCCGCGGUAAUCGAUCGAAUCGAGGAAGUGCCACUCCCGCCCAAGAAGCUCUAGAAGUUCUAGGCUAGGGUUUAUGGGCCAAUGGAUUAUAGCCUCGCGGCGCCAAAGCUCUUGGUCAGCGAUCUCGCAAGGGCGAGCACGGGCGCUAGCGCGGCAAGAUCUCCCAUCACCACCAUUGGAGCUCUUCGAUUUCAGCGUGUCUGGAUCCAGGGCGUGAUCGUAGAUUGGAGAGGAAAUUCCUUGGCUCUCGACGAUGGCAGCGCGAUUGUGGAGCUACAUUUCCCGGAUGCCGAGGAUAAGCGCUCGUCAAAACCUGGCAUGUACAUGCUCAUAGCCGGGGCUUACAAUCCAGCAGAGAAGAAGAUCACGGUAAGUUCUCUCUCUCUCUCUCUCUCUCUCUCUCUCUCUCUCGGAGGUAAUGUGAUCUAUCUCCUUGAGUUUUCUCGAAUCGUUUUGAUCAUCUCUCUCUCGAUCGAUAUCGAUCUAAACUUUGUCUUCCAGGUUCACAAGCUCGUGGAUCUCUCCUCCUCGCCCAACGCCGAGUCCUUCUGGAGCUUCGAAGUGAUCGAAGCAUACCAUAUGUUUUAUAAAAGCCAAAUGGACGAACCAACCUGAAGAACACCAAGAAAAGAAGAAGGUGCGUUAUCUUUUACAGAGGCCUAUCUUUUACAGAGGCCUGCUGGCGGAUUGAAGUUAUCAAUCUUUCGAUCUAUAUACUUCCGAUGAUCGCUGCGAAACAGAAAGAAGACGAUCAAUAGAAAUCAAAUCAGUGAAGCAAACAAAGCCCUUACCUUUA